AUGGUUGACAAAGACGAUAAGAAACCGAGCGAGAAGCAGAAGUCCAGUACAACCAAAUCUACAUCGUCGUCCAGGUUUAAUGCAGGAUCAAGCGCUAACAAGGCUGUCACGUCGAGCCGGGGCAGCGAAGGCUUCCACGCAGGCUCACGGUUUGCACCGGAUGCAGACCUGGUGACUGGCUUUUACGACAUUAGUCUCGAUGAUGAUCUGGUGGAGGAAGAAGAACAGGAGGGGGAGGAGGAGGAUGAGGAGAAUGAUGACGACUGGGAGAAGAUAGAGUCCGAAGGUCAUUCGUCUCACGUUGGCCAAGCUGAUCACAGACACAAGUAUUCAGAAGACUUUGGGGAGGACAACAGCAACAGGAAUGUCAGUCCAGACUGGGAGAUGGUGGAGAAGCCGGAACACAGUUCUUACAAUGGCCACGCUGAUCAUCCGAGGAAGUAUCAGGACAAAGGGAAGAAGAGCGGAAAGUGA